AUGCAUGCGACAAAAGCUGUCAGCCGUGUGCCGUAUAAUAAACCCAUGAUGUUCUGGUUUUCCAACGUUGAUGAAAUGACCAUGAUGAUGUGCAAACCCAUAUAUCUUGGAAGUCGGGACGAAAAAGGCUUGGAGGGAAACCCAAUAAGGGGAUCGAUCUUUUCGAGUACUCUGAUCGACAGAGCUGCGAUCGGACCCGAUAACACUGAACUCCUGCGGAAACUUCUGAAACAGAUCGAGACAGUUCUUCUGAACGUAAUAGAUGGGUAUGAGAGAGGAGCCGCAGCCCUCCUGAAUGUACCAGACCCAAAAGAGCGAGAAAAAAAUAAACAAAUUGCAACUGAAGUCAUUUUUGAACGUUUGUGGAAAAAGUGGCGUCAAGUUGGAAGAAAGCUUGGACUUCAGAGACCCAGCUGGACGGCAACAGGAGAAGCCAGCCGUGACCUGGAGGAGCAGGUGAGGGAGCUCAUCAGACAGUGGAUGAAGAUGCGGAGAGAGAACGCCAGAGUGGAGGGUCUCAUCAAAGCUCUGCGGGACUGCACGAACCUCACUGCUGAUCUUGUAGAGAAAAAACCUCAAGGAGCAUGUGAAAUCUGUCAGCUCAAACUGUCCAAAAUCUGCAGACUGGCUCUGAAUUAUGGCAACUAG